CGUCAUCUCUCUGCGACACAUCAACACGCAGCUCAGUGAGAGAUGAGGUAACACAGUGCAACUCUUCUAAUAGCAUUAACAAAACUUUCCCCUCUUUUUUGUAGAGUAUUUUCGUGGCGGUGUUUUGAGAACGGUGAAUGACAUCGUUAGUUAAAACGGGUUUAUUCUCUUUGUGUGUGUUAUUUGGUUUAAACCAAGGCUGCAGCGAGGCUGAGUUAGCAACUCUCGCAUGUGUCAAAACUGAAUGAAAUCAGUCUACCUGCACAGUUUCUUGUUUUUAGCCUGAAUACUGCAGCGUUUAGGCUCUGUUUUGGACCUACAACAUGAAUGAAGAAGAGCUGGUGGAGUAUUUUAGGGCUCAGAUGAGAGAAGACCCGGAUAUGGCCUCUGCUGUGGCCGCUAUCCGCACUUUGCUUGAGUUUCUCAAAAGAGAUAAAGGUAAUACAAUCCUGGGCCUCCGGGAGAGCCUGAAGUGGGCCACAGACUGCCUGACAGGAGUGGACUCCUCUGUGGCCGUGUCUUCAGGAGGAGAGCUCUUCCUGCGCUUCAUCAGUCUCACAUCACUGGAGCACCAGGAUCUGUCUCGCUGUAAGAAAGUGAUGGAGGAGAGAGGAGAGCUCUUUGUGGAGAAAAUCGCCCUGUCCAGGACCAAAGUCGCCAAGCUCUGUCACACCUUUAUCAAAGAUGGAGCCAAAAUCCUGACUCACUCGUACUCCAGAGUGGUCCUCAGGGUGCUGGAGAAAGCUGCUGCUGAGAAGAAACGCUUCUCAGUCUAUGUGACUCAGUCGCAGCCUGACGCUGCAGGGCAACAGAUGGCAGAAGCUCUGAAAAAACUCAAUGUUCCAGUAACUAUAGUCCUAGAUGCAGCUGUGGGGUAUGUGUUAGAGAAAGUAGACCUGGUCAUUGUUGGUGCAGAGGGAGUCGUUGAGAGUGGAGGCAUCAUUAACAAGAUUGGCACAUAUCAGAUGGCCCUGUGCUCAAAGGCUCACAACAAACCGUUCUACGUGGUUGCAGAGAGUUUCAAAUUUGUCCGCCUUUAUCCGCUCAACCAGCAGGAUGUCCCGGAUAAGUUUAAGUACAAAGCUGACACCCUAAAGACCGUACAGAACCUGUCAGAGGAGCACCCGAUGAUCGACUACACACCUCCCUCCCUCAUCACCCUCCUCUUCACUGACCUGGGAGUCCUGACGCCAUCGGCUGUCAGUGACGAACUCAUCAAGCUUUAUUUAUAAAAACUGUGCCUCACAACUCUCAAUAAAAAUAUCAAAAGGUCAACAAA